GGACCAGUGGUCUCGUAGAAGGCUCUGGCGGAUAAGACAUCCCUCUUUUCUUCUAUCCGCUUUUCGGGACUGUUCGAACGUCCCCGGAUGACUUCAUACGUUUUUCAUAGAGGAUUAAAAAACACGGGCAGGCAGGGCCAGUUAGAAGCCCGACGGGAUAAUUUCCGCUUCCGGUGCCAAAGGGCAAGUGGAAUGUAAACACGGGACCACGGAGUGGCUUUCAGGUGAUAACAUGGCUGCCGUCUACUUCCGCUAGUCUGUAUCCACCUGCUCAUUGGAAUACUUGGGAGCGAUUUUGAAGCAGUCUCUGAACUGCAGAAUGGCGUCCUUUGGGUGGAAGAGGAAGAUUGGUGAGAAGGUGUCCAAGGCCACGUCCCAGCAGUUUGAAGCUGAAGCUGCGGAUGAGAAGGACGCAGCGGAGAAUGAGGACGGCAGCUGGGUUCACGCCAGCAAGCGGAGGAAGGAGACCCUCCAGGAAGGCUGUAAACAGAAGAGUAAGCAGCUGAAGGAUGAAGGGGCUAAUCUGGCCGAAAAUAAAAGAUACCAGGAGGCCAUUCAGAAGUGGGAUGAAGCUCUACAGCUGACCCCAGACGAUGCCACCCUCUAUGAGAUGAAGUCCCAGGUCCUGAUGUCUCUUCAUGAAAUGUUUCCAGCGGUACAUGCAGCAGAAAUGGCCGUCAAGCGUAACCCACACUCAUGGGAGUCUUGGCAAACUUUAGGUCGUGCUCAGCUUGGAUUAGGAGAGAUAGUGCUGGCAAUUCGAAGUUUUCAAGUAGCUCUCCACAUAUAUCCAAUGAACCCUGAACUAUGGAAGGAAGACCUUUCUUGGGCAAGAAAGCUCCAGGAGCAGCAGAAAGUAGCACAGAGGAUUGAAAAAAAAGAAAUCCCACCAAAAGGAGCAGACAUCUUGCCAGAGUCAAUCCCUGACUUUGACUUUGAGAGUGAUGAGAUUGUUGCUGUUUGUGCAGCUGUCGCAGAAAAACAGAAGUCAGUGUCUGCAGAUAAAACCAUGGUUAUUGUGUCAGCUUCUGGAACUGUGGAGAUAGUAAAUGAGAAGGAGGAGGGCUCUUCCACCCCAGAUGGCUCUGUCUUUAUCAAAGCCCGAUGAAGCAGCACACAAUGAAAAGAUGUUUGAAUCUAGUUUUGGUUUGGUUUGGCUGUGUUUUUUUGGUUGCUACUUAAUGCUUAGAUGACAUAGGGAUGUCCACUCUGGAGGAGAAGGGCAAAACUUGUGUUUGUAAAAUACAAAAAUCAAGUAGUGGAAUUAUUCUUUAGUGAUUGAUUGGACUGUGCUUCUAUAAGCAAUUUAUACUUAAGGAUAGCAUCUUAAGUGAAAUGUGUUUUGACUGAUGGACAUUUAAUUUGACUGUAUGAGAGAGUACAUUUAAAGAUACAGUUUGGAAAGUGUUUCUUGAAUAGUGGUUAACUUGACAGGCAGUGUUAUUACAAUGCAGACUUGCAGACUUUUGUUUUAUGAUAAAGGAAGUAUGUGAUUUCUUUCCCUCCUAGAGAUCUUCUGUUGUCUCUCUUCCAUUUUUCUUGCUUCACUAGUGUAAGCUUAGAUAUUUCUGACAUUCAUCUUGAUUGAGAGUUAUCAUUUGAAAUAUUUGAAAAUUUGCCUAAAAAUGCAUGCAAAUGUGUGUAUCCUGAAUAUUUCUUUAAAAUUUUUUGUUCUAAUUUGUGCUUCUGUUUUGACUUUAUAAAGUUCAGAAGUGGUAACUGUU